AAUACAUAUAAGGUCUCUGCAGCCUCUCACAUCAGUUGGUCUUCAUCCAUCCCAUAAUGGAGGACGUCUACAUCCGACACGUGAAGCUGCUCGGCUUUGAGAAACGCUUUUACCCCAGUCAGCACUAUGUCUACAUGCUGAUGGUGAAGUGGAGCGACCUCUCGGAGAAACUCAUCUUCAGGACAUACCCUGAAAUCUACACUUUCCACAAAACCCUGAAAGAGAUGUUUCCUAUCGAAGCCGGCCAAAUAGAAAAAAGCGAUCGAAUCAUUCCGUCGUUGCCAGCCCCGCGGUGGAUGGAGAGCCAAAGGUCUCGGGAGAGCAAGCAGAGCACGUUGACCGGCUACUGCCUGUCGCUCAUCGCGCUGCCGCCGCACAUCUCGCGCUGUGCUCACCUCAACGUCUUCUUCAAAGUGCGACCGGAGGACGAAAAUCCGCCGGCUCCCAACACAGGGAAAAAAAGUGAAGUCUUCUUGGAGACCAAAGUCAACAACAACAUAUCUGAGAUUUCCGGGCCCAUCAUACUGGACUCGUACAGAGCGAUAGCAGACUUCACCAAGACGUCCAAACACGAGCUUAACCUGCGCACGGGAGACUUGGUAGAAAUUGUGGAGAAAAAACAGAAUGGUUGGUGGUUCUGCCAGUGUGAGACUAAACGGGGUUGGGCGCCUGCCACUUAUCUGGAACCCCUGGAUGGACCUGAGGAGGCAGAGGACGUGGAGCCAAAUUAUGAAGGAGAAUUACACGUCACAGUCCGAGCAUAUAAGGCGGAGACGAACGAUGAGAUCUCACUGGAAAUGGGAGAAACCAUUGAGGUCAUUCACAAGCUUUUGGAUGGCUGGUGGGUUGUCAGGAAAGGCGAGGAAACAGGUCACUUCCCCUCCAUGUUUCUGCACAAAGCAGGCAAAGGAGCCAAAUAUGAAUAUGAUGCUAAGCAACCGGAGGGACAGAAACCUCCUCCUCGCAGGUCCACCAUUAAGAAUGCCAAGAGCAUCCACGGGCGAGCCCGACAGAGCCUCAGCCAGGAAGCCUACCGCAGGAACAGCCGCCGAUACCUGCAGCAGAAGGGCGGACGCCCCACCCCCUCAACCCGGAAAUCCAACAUCCUGGAAAAGUCGCCCCUGAGGGAGCGAAAAAAUCAAGGGAACAUUCCUGAGCAACAGAGCUUCAGUUCCGGGAGCAAGCUGAAACCAGAGGCCCCGGUGAUCCCUCCGCGACCAAGCCCCGAGCUCAUCCUGGAACGCUGCACCGACAACACCCGCAAAAAAGUCAGCAUCCGCAACGCAGGAACCAAAAGCAACACCAGCUAGUGCGGAACCUUGGCUGGCGUUCCCCAAGGUUCCCCCCUGCACCCCUUGCCGCUCUGACAAGUUAUCUCUUUUGAGCUAAUUUAUUUAAUACUUGAUCAGUUAUGGUCAAGGAUUCCUGAUUGUGAAGCCACUGGGGAAUCAUUGCAUUUUAUCAUCUUUUGUUUGUAAAACUACUUGAAAAUUGUACAUAAACAACUUUGCAGUGAUUCCCAACUGUGUGCUACAUUCAUAACAAUCAUCCAAUGUGUCUCAUUUUUUUUUUUUAACUAUAUACUAUAUGCCAGCAAUGUAUAGUGACAGGCAGAACAUCUAAAGGCUUUUCCGCUAGAUAUUGAUAUUUUUGUCUGGUGGUGUGAUGUGAUGUUUUCGUCCCCCAUGUAAAACAUGUGCCUUGGCACAGCAACGGUUGGGAAACACAGUGGAUGACGCGAUAUUAUUGCAUAAAGCUUUUACCUCUGAGCUUCAGCGUCAGUGGCACCUUUUUCACAGUUGCUCCCAUUGCAAAACAAAGUCAAUAAAGUUGCCAUUGUUCCUUCAAACGCGUUCAAGCAUGAUUACGCGUUACUCACAAAAACGUUCUGAAUAGUCGGGCGGAAUUUCUCGCUAAACUGGAAAAAAAAAAACGUUUUAUGACUACAGUAUGAACAAAACUUGAAUUCGCUUAGCAUUUAAAUGUCCAGCUGUUCAAUUUUUCAGUAUUUUUGCACAACCUGCUGUUCUCAAACAAUGACUUGGAAGUGU